GAAUCCGUGGCCCCUCUCUCCGCGCGUCCCCGUCCCCGCCGUGGCCCCGGCCAUGAAGCGCAUCUUCUCCUGCUCCAGCUCACAGGUGGCGGUGGAGAGAUGGAACCGCCGUGAUCAGAAGCUGCUGGAGGCAGUGCAGCGGGGGGACGUGGGGCGCGUGGCUGCCCUGGCCUCCAGAAAGUCUGCUCGACCCACCAAGCUAGACUCAAAUGGCCAGUCCCCGUUUCAUCUGGCAGCCUCCAAAGGCCUGACAGAAUGUCUGACCAUACUGCUUGCAAACGGGGCUGACAUCAACAGCAAGAAUGAGGACGGAAGCACCGCCCUGCACUUGGCCACCAUCUCCUGCCAGCCACAAUGUGUCAAGGUCCUGCUCCAGCAUGGUGCCAAUGAAGAUGCUGUGGAUGCGGAGAAUCGUAGUCCAUUGCACUGGGCAGCCUCCUCUGGCUGUGCUUCAAGUGUGCUCCUGCUGUGUGACCAUGAGGCCUUCCUGGACGUCCUGGACAAUGGUGGACGUACACCCUUGAUGAUUGCCUCGCUGGGUGGCCACGCAGCCAUCUGCUCACAGUUACUGCAGAGAGGUGCCCGGGUUAAUGUCACGGACAAGGAUGACAAAUCGGCUCUGAUCCUGGCCUGUGAGAAAGGCAGCGCCGAAGUGGCCGAACUGCUCCUGAGCCAUGGCGCGGACGUGGGGCUUGUGGACAGCACGGGGCACGACGCCCUGUACUAUGGUCUGCGCACACAAGACCAGGCCCUGUGCAAGCUGCUGCAGCAGGCCAUGCACUGGCGGCGGGGAGGUCAGGGGCUAGUUCAACACCCAGAUGUUACAUCUAAGGCCUCUCCAUCUGAACCUCAGGUGGGGUCUCCACCUACGAGCGCACAGGGAGCAGAGCCCAAAGAGGAGCAGGAAGAGGAGCAUGAAGACGCAUCCUCAGAGGAGUGGAGGGGGAAGUAUGAAGAGGGGCAGAGAAAGGUUUCUCAGCUGGAGCAGGAGCUGGUACAAAAGACAGAAGACUGUAAAGCUCAAGCUGCAGCCUACCUGGGCCUGGAGAACCAGAUUCGAGAACAGGUGCAGGAGCUGGGGCUCCUGCUCGCCCAAGAGCCCAGAGCUCCAGGAGGGCAGAGUUCUAGUAUCCGUCCUGGAGGAGAUGGCAUGGAGCAGGGUUGUCCCCUGGACCUGCUGGCUGAGCGCAUACAAGAGCUAAAGAGGCAGCAGCAGGCAGCAGCGGCGGCCACAGCCUUAGCUUCCAAGAAGACUGAAGAUUCAGCCCCAGGGAAGAUCCAUUCUGAAGCCGGUGGAAGGUCCCAACCAGAACAGGAGCCACCCCAAAACCCGGUGUCUGAGAUAAAGGGGAAAGCCACAGGACAGCAACUGACAACUGGUGGUGGACAGGCCCUGGGCCCUGAUCAUACUGACCAGCUGCAUGCCGGCCAGAAAGAGAGGCUGCAGGUCCCAGGGGCUGAACCAACAGACACAGUGGCCGAAGUGGUGGGCACAGCAGCCAUGAACCAGCUUCUGCUACAACUGAGCGAGGAUCUGGCUGCCGUGUGGAAAGAAAAGGAUGCAGCCCUGGGGGCUUUGUCAAGACCGGUCCUGGAGGGGGUUCUGGGGGCACCUCGGGCUGAGGCUGCAGCAGCUGCCAGGGAGAAGAUGGAGGCUAGGUUGGAGCAGGUGCUGGUGAGGCUGGAUCGGGCAAAGGCGGGACUGCAAGAGAAACCUAUGACCCCUGCCCAGGAGCCUAGAGAAGGAACCCCAAAGGCAGGCUCAGGAACCAUCAAAGAGGAUGAAGGGAAGGAGGAAAGGGCUCCUGGGACCCCUGCGGAGCCUACGGGGACCCCUGGCAGGGAACAGAUGCCUGGAGGAGGACUGGCAAAGGGACAACUGGAGAAAGAGGUGUCAGCACUGAGAUCGAGCAACAGUAACUUGCUAGAGGAGUUGAGGGAGCUGGGGCGGGAGCGGCAGCGGUUGCAGGGGGAGCUGCAGACCCUGAACCAGCGGCUGCAACGGGAGUUUGUGCCCAAGCCAGUGGCACAGGUCCAGCUCCAGCAGUUGCGGAGGAGUGUGGGGCUGCUGACAGACGAACUGGCCCUGGAGAAGGAAGCCACCGAGAAGUUGCAGAAGCACCUGGCUUCCCAGAGCAGUGGCCUCCGAGGGCUGUGGGACUGCCUGCCCCCAGACCUGGUGGGCAAGGGGAGUGCCUGUGGCUCAGGUACUGAGCCUCUGGAGGAGCUGCAGGCCUGCGUCAGCACCCUGGUAGCCAGGCACUGUGAGGCCCAGCAGGUGCUGGCUAGGCUGGAGAAGGAAAACCAGCAGCUGCGGGCAUCCCCGGCCUCCUGUCAGGAGCCAGGCACCUCAUCAAAGAUGCCAGCUUCCCCUGAAGUGGCCGCUUUAGAGGAAGACUUGGGGAAGCUGGAGGAAGAGCUGCGGGCCGUUCAGGCCACAAUGAGUGGGAAGAGCCAGGAGAUCGGGAAGCUGAAGAAGCUUCUCUACCAGGCAACCGAGGAAGUGGCUGAGCUGAGGGCCCGGGAGGCCGCUAGCCUGCGGCAGCAUGAGAAAACCCGGGGCUCGCUGGUGGCCCAGGCCCAGGCUUGGGGCCAGGAGCUGAAGGCUCUGCUGGAAAAGUAUAACACGGCCUGCCGGGAGAUGGGCCGGCUGCAGGAGGCUGUGGCGGAGGAGCGCUGCAGGAACAGGGACCUGGCUGCCAGGGCCGCCGAACAGGAGCGCCAGGCCAGCGAGAUGCGUGGGCGCUCAGAGCAGUUUGAGAAAACAGUGGAGCUGCUGAAAGAGAAGAUAGAGCGUCUUCUGCGCGCUUGCCAGGACAAGGAGGCCAAGAUCAAGGAACUGUUGAAGAAGCUGGAGCAGCUGUCAGAGGAAGUCCUGGCAGCUCGGAGAGAAAAUGCUUGCCUCGCCUCACAGCUGCAGAAUUCUCAGAAGAACCACGAAGACAUCAUCUCUACGUAUAGGAACCAUCUGCUGAAUGCUGCUCAGGGCUACAUGGAACAAGAUGUAUACAGCACACUGCUGCGAAUCCUCAGCCUGCAGGAGUGAGGCGGCACGGGCCCUGAGGGGUCUGGGAGUCCUCUCCU